GAGUCAUGUAAAUGGACAUGGGGUAAGAGAGUAGUGGGGAAGGAGGGGGCUGGCUCUGGGGUGCAGAGCACACACACAGGACACUACAGGCAUCCUUCCUUUGCUUUUUUUAGCUUUACCUUCCGAGUGUCCUCUAAAAAACAAGAUAUGAGCUCUCUGGGCUCAGACCUAGUUUGCGGCGACAUGGCUAAACGCACGAAGAAGGUCGGAAUCGUGGGUAAAUACGGGACCCAUUAUGGUGCCUCCCUCAGGAAAAUGGUGAAGAAGAUUGAAAUAAGCCAGCAUGCCAAGUACACUUGCUCCUUCUGUGGCAAAACAAAGAUGAAAAGACGAGCUGUGGGGAUCUGGCAUUGUGGCUCCUGCAUGAAAACCGUCGCUGGUGGCACUUGGACCUACAACACCACUUCUGCUGUCACAGUAAAGUCGGCUAUCAGAAGACUGAAGGAGUUGAAAGACCAGUAGAAGCUUCACCAUUUGAAACAUUACUAGCCUAUAACAAAUGGGUUAAUUUAUAUAACAAAAUUACUUUGGCUUGUUGUUAAAUUUCUUAAUUAGAUCUUUCAAUUUGUGUUGCAUUAGUUUUGCUUUCUCAAAGGCCUUG